AUGGAGACUAAACAGAGUAUACCUCUCCUCACGGCCUGUCAGAUGGGACCCUUCAAUCUUUCUCACAGGGUUGUUCUGGCGCCAUUGACGAGACAGAGAUCGUACGGUUACAUUCCUCAGCCUCACGCCAAGUUAUAUUACACUCAGAGAACAACGCCCGGUGGUCUUCUUAUUUCUGAAUCCUGUGUAGUGUCCGAGACCUCAAAGGGGUAUAUAUACCUGGAAUAUGGACCAGAGAGCAAGUGGAGGCCUGGAAGCCAAUCGUCGAUGCGGUUCAUUCCAAAGGCGGCAUCUUCUUCUGCCAGAUUUGGCACGGGUGGCAGGGUUUUCAAUCAAGACCAGCCAAAUGGGGAAGCUCCUAUCUCCUCGACAGACAAGCCCUUGACGUCCAAAAACAUAUAUGGAGGUGAGUUUACUCCUCCAAGACGGUUAAGGACCGACGAGAUCUCUGCCAUUGUCAACGACUUCAGAGUUGCUGCAAGAAAUGCAAUGGAAGCUGGCUUUGAUGGAGUCGAGGUUCACGGUGCACAUGGUUACCUGAUCGAUCAGUUUCUGAAAGACAAAGUGAAUGACAGAAGUGACGAGUACGGUGGGUCGCUAGAGAACCGCUGUAGAUUCGCUGUUGAAGUAGUCGAGGCAGUGGCCAAGGAGAUCGGUUCAGAUCGUGUCGGGAUCAGAUUCUCGCCUUUCGCAGAUUACAUGGAGUCGGGAGACUCAAACGCAGAGGCGUUAGGACUGUACCUGGUGCAAGCUAUGAACAGGUGUGGGAUCAUCUACUGUCACAUGGUUGAACCUAGAAUGAAACUUCUUGAAGAAAUGUCCGAGUGCACGAAAUCGCUGACGCCGAUGAGAAAGGCCUUCAAAGGAACGUUCAUAGUAGCCGGAGGUUAUACGAGAGAAGACGGGAACAAGGCGGUGGCAGAGGGAGCAACGGAUCUGGUGGGUUAUGGACGGACGUUCUUGGCGAAUCCGGAUCUGCCUAGGAGAUUCCAACUCAAUGCUCCGUUGAAUGAGUACGACAGAUCAACGUUCUACACUUCUGAUCCUGUCGUUGGAUACACAGACUAUCCUUUUCUCGAGACGACAGACACGGCUGCUUAA